UAAUACCCAGGCAGCAUACACGCAUUUCCAGCGGGGCACCUCCCGCCACCAAACUCUCCCGACUCCCUCUUACAAGGCCACGCGCCUCUGCUGUCAUUCGGCUAUCUGCGCCCGUCAGGCCCAUCAGUGGCCAUUCUUUAACAUCCUUCUCCCUUUUCGAUCUCGAUUCUUGUCUUCUUCCCUUUCUUCUUUGUCUCCCUUACAAAAGAGGCUCUGCUGAACAUUACAUCUCUGCCCCGUGUCUGCAGAAUCAUAUCCGACGUGUUUCUCACCAUGGCCUCUCAGACGGCAUCUCUGACGGCAUCUCGGAAACCCCGUGUAAGCCGGGACACUGGCUUCCCGGAGCCAUUCGAUCAAUUCAGCAAUACUACUCUCCCACAUCCAGAUGCCGACCUCUCACCAAACGCUUGUAUAACACACGAUGACCUGAUUGGCGACUAUGCUCUCAAGAGAAAGCGAAUGUCCUUCUUAUCCCGAAACAAGAACAGGCGAACCCUCACCCAUGGAAGCCUUGGCGCUCAAAGCGGCCUCGUCAACAGUGUCAUGUCCCUAUCGCUGUCCCGCUCCAGCAGCAGCAGCCUUCAAGUAGUCGGUGAAGCAGCCCCUAGGUUGACGAGUCCUUCGACGGCCAGCUUCCAGUCCAAAUGCGGCAGCGAGAGCGCAGAAUCGACCAAGAAAGAGGACGAGACACCACCGUCCUCGCCUGAUAGCACAGGCCACAGCCCGAAGAAGUCGCAUCGGUUCAGCAAGUGGAGGCGCUCUCGAGGAGAAGACCGGGAUUGAAGCGCUGGCCAUAUACAUACCGCCUUUUGACACAUUGUCGACGACAUACACCGUACGUUUCGUACGCUUCCUUGCUUUCUUUGGACACUGGAUGCGCAGAGGGACAAGGGACAAAAAUCCGGAAUGAAUUUACGACUCUCUUUUGUGAACUGGUUUAUACAGAUGUUUCAUUCAACUUCUUAAUCUAUUGGCGACGGAGUUCUGGGCUGGGUAUCUGAAAUUGGGAGCAAGGCAACAACAGUUGGCAAACACAAUGUUUUCUCUCGACACACGGGGUAUGGCUUGGUUGGUCACUUAAAAGAGAAUGGAGUUUGUCUUUAAACUUGGCAACAAGUAUGCAAUCGCGGGGGGGGGAAGGCUGGAUCUGCUUUGUGAAAUUACGGCAUGCAGACUGGC